CGCGUGCUGCCGGGAUCGCGUCUCGGUCCGUGACGGGGGGGGGAGGGGGUGGUGCGCGCGCCAUUUCUAGUCGUUUUCAAAGCGCCUCGCGCUGGUUCUCACGGGCCCGGCCACCGGCCCCAGCUCUGCCCUGCAGCAUAAUAAAAUGGCUAAUCAGGUGAAUGGUAAUGCGGUACAGUUAAAAGAAGAGGAAGAACCAAUGGAUACUUCCAGUGUAAAUCACACAGAACACUACAAGACACUGAUAGAGGCAGGCCUCCCUCAGAAGGUGGCAGAAAGACUUGAUGAAAUAUUUCAGACAGGAUUGGUAGCUUAUGUCGAUCUUGAUGAAAGAGCAAUUGAUGCUCUCAGGGAAUUUAAUGAAGAAGGAGCUCUGUCUGUACUACAGCAGUUCAAGGAAAGUGACUUAUCACAUGUUCAGAACAAAAGUGCAUUUUUAUGUGGAGUUAUGAAGACCUACAGGCAAAGGGAGAAACAGGGGAGCAAGGUGCAAGAGUCCACGAAGGGACCUGAUGAAGCAAAGAUCAAGGCCUUGCUUGAAAGGACCGGUUAUACCUUGGAUGUAACCACAGGACAGAGGAAGUAUGGCGGUCCUCCCCCAGACAGUGUGUACUCUGGUGUGCAGCCUGGAAUUGGAACAGAAGUCUUUGUAGGUAAAAUACCAAGAGAUUUAUACGAGGAUGAAUUGGUGCCCCUUUUUGAAAAGGCUGGUCCCAUUUGGGAUCUGCGUCUUAUGAUGGAUCCACUGUCUGGUCAGAACAGAGGGUAUGCAUUUAUCACCUUCUGUGGAAAGGAAGCUGCACAGGAAGCUGUUAAACUGUGUGACAGCUAUGAAAUUCGCCCUGGUAAACACCUUGGAGUGUGCAUUUCUGUGGCAAACAACAGGCUUUUUGUUGGAUCAAUUCCGAAGAAUAAGACUAAAGAAAACAUUCUGGAAGAAUUCAGUAAAGUCACAGGUUUAACAGAGGGUUUGGUGGACGUUAUUCUCUAUCAUCAACCCGAUGACAAAAAGAAGAAUCGGGGGUUCUGCUUCCUUGAGUAUGAGGAUCACAAGUCAGCAGCACAAGCCAGACGCCGGCUGAUGAGUGGAAAAGUAAAAGUAUGGGGAAAUGUAGUUACAGUUGAAUGGGCUGACCCUGUGGAGGAACCGGAUCCAGAAGUCAUGGCUAAGGUGAAAGUUUUAUUUGUGAGAAACUUGGCCACUACAGUGACAGAAGAAAUAUUGGAAAAGUCAUUUUCUGAAUUUGGAAAACUUGAAAGAGUGAAGAAGUUGAAAGAUUAUGCAUUUGUUCAUUUCGAAGACAGAGGAGCAGCUGUUAAGGCCAUGGAUGAAAUGAAUGGCAAAGAAAUAGAAGGAGAAGAAAUUGAAAUAGUCUUAGCCAAGCCACCAGACAAGAAAAGGAAAGAGCGCCAAGCAGCUAGACAGGCCUCCAGGAGUACUGCGUAUGAAGAUUAUUACUAUCACCCUCCUCCGCGCAUGCCACCUCCAAUUAGAGGUCGGGGUCGUGGUGGGGGGAGAGGUGGAUAUGGCUACCCUCCAGAUUACUAUGGCUAUGAAGAUUACUAUGAUGAUUACUAUGGUUAUGAUUAUCACGACUAUCGUGGAGGCUAUGAAGAUCCCUACUACGGCUAUGAUGAUGGCUAUGCAGUAAGAGGAAGAGGAGGAGGAAGGGGAGGGCGAGGUGCUCCACCACCACCAAGGGGGCGGGGAGCACCACCUCCAAGAGGUAGAGCUGGCUACUCACAGAGGGGGGCACCUUUGGGACCACCAAGAGGCUCUAGGGGUGGCAGAGGGGGUCCUGCACAACAGCAGAGAGGCCGUGGUUCCCGUGGAUCUCGGGGCAACCGUGGGGGCAAUGUAGGAGGCAAGAGAAAGGCAGACGGGUACAACCAACCUGACUCCAAGCGCCGUCAGACCAACAACCAACAGAACUGGGGUUCCCAACCCAUCGCUCAACAGCCGCUUCAGCAAGGUGGUGACUAUUCUGGUAACUAUGGUUACAAUAAUGACAACCAGGAAUUUUAUCAGGAUACUUAUGGGCAACAGUGGAAAUAGACAAGUGAGGGCUUGAAAAUGAUAUUGACAAGAUACGAUUGGCUCUAGAUCUACAUCCUUCAAAAAAAUUGGCUUAUCUGUUUCAUCUUUAAGUAGCAAUUUGCUGCCAUUUGUAUUUGGCUGAAGAAAUCACUAUUGUGUAUAUACUCAAGUCUUUUUAUUUUUUCCUCUUUUCAUAAAUGCUCUUGGACAUUAUUGGGCUUGCAGAGUUCCCUUAUUCUGGGAGUUACAAUGCUUUUAUCGUUUCAGGCUUCAUUUUAGCUUCAAAACAAGCUGAGCACACUGUUAAAAUCAUGAUUUUGCAGAACCUUUGGUUUUGGACAGUUUCAUUUUUUGGAUUUGGGACAGCUUACAUAGGGGUAUGGAGUAUGCUGUAAAUAAAAAUACAAGCUAGUGCUUUGUCUUAGUAGUUUGAAGAAAUUAAAAGCAAACAAAUUUAAGUUUUCUUGUAUUAAAAAUAACCUAUGAUUGUAUGUUUUGCAUUCCUAGAAGUAGGUCAACUGUGUUUUUAAAUUGUUAUAACUUCACACCUUUUUGAAACCUGCCCUACAAAAUUUGUUUGGCUUAAACGUCAAAGCCGUGACAAUUUGUUCUUUGAUGUGAUUGUAUUUCCAAUUUCUUGUUCAUGUAAGAUUUCAAUAAAACUCAAAAAUCUAUUCAAAACAUUA